CCACCCUCAUCCUCAUCACUUUACGCCAUUGCCCCAUUCCCUUCCGUUAACAGUUACUAAGGGCUCAAGCCCGCUGCUAGUAUUACCAUUCUGGUUCCCUUGGUCCCUUCUUUACCGUCGAAAUGGAAGUUCUGGCCUAUCUUCUCUCAGAGCCACUAUCCACGUUGCCAGAAGUUGGCGUGGUUGACCCUCAUCAUACCACAACUCGAAUUCUUCUCGGCAUCCGAAAAACUUAUGAAAGCGAUGAGGAACAUCUGCAACGCUUCUCUAACAUCUUGCUUAAUCUGGAAAAAGAUGUGACUUUCGACGCCUUACAUAAGACUCUUCCGUUCAGGUGGUCUGAUGGCGAGAGAUAUGACGUAGUUAAUCCGUUUGGCGAUGAUCGUCAGUUUCAGUACCAGUCCCUCUGGACUUUCGACAUCCAAAAUAACGUAUUACGGUACACCAAUCGCGACGGCUGUAGCCAAAUCCUAUUUGCUCUUCUUCGAGAGCGUGCUGUGAGUUUGACCGAUAUGAAACCGCUCGACGGACCUAUACCCUUACCUUUCGAGCCGAUUUUCGAUCCAGAAGGGACCUAUUGGCAACCGCAAAUUAAGGUAGGUAACCGACUGCGUGCAUUCACCCAUCAUUUGCUCCACGAUUUCCAUCACCAGUGGAGGCACAUCCAUCGGAGACGUUACAACUCCAUCACUUUACGAGCACUUGGACGAGCUAUUAUCAGACUCUCAACUCUUGAUUUUGAGGUUCGCCAGAACACAGGGGGGCAUCUCCCUCUGGGAGUACAUGUAUGGAUUACCCAGUUGCCUGCCUGGGAGCCAUUUGAGAAUGAUAUUGUACGUGUUGGUAGCAUCUACGUCGUUCUCUGCCAAGAAAUUCAAGAAGGACUGUCAAUGGCCCGACGACACCUAUCAUCUCGAGACUUUAUCAACACAACGGCUUCUGGGGAAGCGCAGGCACAGUACAUGGUCCUAUCAGUCAAGCAUAUCAUGCUUUGUCAUGUCACUAUACAGCAUUCACUCGAAUGUACUGUUCCAGAGCCUCUUUUCAAUGGCAUUGAACCCCCGUCGGAUCUAGCACUGGAUUACCUUAUCUGGGCUACCGCCUCCGCUAGACCUUGGAUCUUUACACCUCUCCAAUCGCUGCCUAUUGAGGUCCAGAACAUUAUACUGGAUUACGAGUCGAUUGGGACAGUAGAAGCUGCUAAAGUUGGCUGCUUGCUUGGCUUGGGGUCACCAUUCUUGUGGAAGGACGGUCCUCUUGAGGUUACACUAGAGGAAAGACACUUGACUCGCCCGUCAGGGUCAACUGUCGAAUCCCAAAUCUGGUUUGGUGAGCAUAAGAGUGGAAUAGUCUAUUGGGCCCGAGCAAGUUCUCUCCGCCCAGGUCCCUUUGCCUCCAGCAUUCUAGCGGGAAAAUAAGUCACAAUAUCAGCUGUCAAAAGGAACGAGACUACUGCACUCCAACAAUCCAUAUUUCUUUAGUGGCGUCAACUACACGCUAGACCUGGCAACUGGCGUAAGAAGGUGCAAUCAGUGCAGGAGACAUGGAGUUAUAUUAGUGUGCUAAUGAGUAACUAUAUAGUUAGAGGAC